CCAACAGACAAUGACACGUCUUCAGUGUUUGCUCAGUCCCUCACCACAGUGUAUCUUGAGAUUUCAGUCAACUGCAAGAACUGCAAGGCUCUUGUACACGGGAUUCUGGUUUAAACAGAGGCAAAUAUUUGUGCAUCCUUCAUAGGAGGAUAAUUAAUCAUACAAUUUGUUUUUUCUAAGUGUAGUCAUCAUGGGCUGGAUUCUGCACUCGAUGGCUCUUCUCACUGGACUUUUUGGCUGUGUGGCAGCAACUCAAGACUGUGGCACAUGCUAUCAGCUAAACAUGGGGGUUGUUAUUGGUAUCAUUACCUGUGAUAUAGUUCUCACACUUGUUAUUACUAUCUCAGUCUACUGUUUUGCAUCACAGGAAAAAAGGAAGAACAGCUUGCAUACACGUAAGAACUCCAGUGAGACAGACAAAGGAAAAUUUCGCCAGUCGUCAAGCAGACCAAAGGAGGUGGAAAUUACAGAGUCACCUUAUCAGGAACUAUAUGGAGUACAGUCAGAUAUAUACAGUGAUCUUCACCAGUAUCAGAAAUAAUGCUUCUACAGGUUAAAGGAUCUCUGUCGCUUAACAGCAACAAUUUAUAAGUUGACAAGGUCCAGAAUGCAAUUUUAGACAUUUCUGGCCUUUCUGUAAAUCUGUUACCUUGAAUCUUUGACUUUUAAAAUUAUUAUUAUUAUUAUUCACUAUAAAAUGUUUUGUCAGUGUGUGCCUGAGACAGCAGCUGUGAUUGGACCAGAAAGCCUAGAGGACAAGGCUGAGAAUUCAAAAAGUAAAUAUACCAAAUAUGGAUAAUAUGGACUUUGGCUUUUUUUUAUAUUAGUAAUCCUUAUGUUCAUCUAACCUUAAUGUGUCACGUAGUCAAAUAUGUAUCUAACUAUUGUAGCAAUGUUUGUAUAAAAUAUCUAUAUAAAAGAUUAAAAACACUUGUUGAAGAGCAACAAAGCGCACAUUUU